GGAGCCAGCCGGGACCUGCAACAGGUCCCGGUCCAGACAGGAUCGAUACUCGGAAGCUGGGGCAUGCGCAGUGAGCAUUGCUAGCCAACAUGCGCUCCCUUAUACUGCUCUUCUUGCCUUUAUUGGCCCCAGAAAGCGAGUGUGACCUACUUCGGGACAGCGUCCACGUGACGUCAGCAGCAGCCAGGCCUAACAAUGAGCUGUGGUGCUACAAGUGCCUGGCAGAAGUACCAGAUGACCGCUGCGCCGACCUACGACACAACAACUCCGCACUCAUACAUAAGUGCCACAAUGACCGCAGGAUGUGCAUGGUAAUGACAGUAAAAAGAUUCUCGUUCACGACGUCAACUGAGAAUUCGACGACGCUGCCAAAAAUGUGGGCGUUGGAACGCAACUGCACGAAACACUGCGAGCCGGGGUGCAUCGUCAUCGGGGAGCGCACGAAGCUCUACGCCUGCACCUCAUGCUGCACCACUUCCCUCUGCAACUACGGCUCAGGCGCAGAAGAGAUGCACUUACUAGACCUUCUACUCGUCUCUACAGUCGCAGUAUUCCUAGUCUUAUGACUAAACAUCCUAGAUUAAACAUUAACAUCUGUACCAAAGAAUUGGAUGGGAGUAUCUUGUUAGUGUAACAUCUACAUAUCCUAGAAGGAUUGUUCGAAGAGCGUGCCUAAGAGAAACGUGGUGCCUGUACUGUUAAGUUUCAGCUCCCGUUCUUGUGUGAGACCAUCUCAUAUGACUGUUGACUGCUGAUAUUCUUUGGACCAGAUGUGGACCACUACACAAAACAACCACAGGCCUUGAAGUUGACAAAUGCUGACUAAACACUAAAAUAGUUAAGUCAUGUUUACUGAUACUAAGCCUAACUAUAGCUGGUUGGUAUACCUUGGUUCAAUGUGUUAAGUCCUAAGGACGAUAUCACAUUUAUCUACAGGUAUUGAAGGUACGACUAUAGCCAUUCCAUUAGCCCAAAACGAUUCGAAUUUGAAAAGGAACCAAGCUAAAAUGAUGAUCAUAGAAAUUAAGUAACGCAUGCAUUAUAAUAAUUCCAAUUUGGAUUUCUCAUAAAGCAAGCAACAUACGUGUUGAUUCAAUCACAAAAAAAAUAUAUAAAAAUAAUUGCAUGAAUUUUUAGAGCUGUAAUGUAGAUAGAGAAGGCUUUUCAGGUUAUUCAAAUAAUGUUCCUUGCCUAACUACUUAUAUCUAAUUACCUAAACUUCUGCUACAUCUUACCUAAUAGUAAUAGAUGCUAUUUGCAGUGAGAAUAAAUAAUAAUAUAAAAAAUAUUUUCGUAUCUUUCCCCAUAUUAAAUGUAGUGUUCAUAGUUAGGUCGACUUAAUAAAACUGUUCAAAUUCUAUCGGCCAUUUUAUGAAAAAUAAAAUAUUCUAUGUCAUCACCUAUGAAAAAUUACGUAGGUUUUUAGCUGUUAAGUAUCUAAUUAAUACUAAAAUGUGUAAAAGAGAACUAUGAUUAGGUUAGAUAAAUAUUUAAUUAUUGAAAAUAUGUAUACAGAUAUUUAUUACCUAUAUGAUUUGUUUUAGAAAGCACAUAAUCCAGUAACCUUAGUAUGAGUUUGCUUUACGUUUUGUCAAGUUAUCAAAACUAGAGCGCGUUCGGCGCUCUGAUUGGCUGGCUCGAAUAAACCAACCAAUCAGAACACCGUACAGACCUUUGAGUUUCACUGAUCAUUACUAUUGUACCUUAUGACUCACACAUUAAUUAUAACAAGAACGUUAAAUAAAUAAAUUCUGCUCAAUUCUUAAUCUUCUAUUACCUACCUACAUGUUGUUAUAACCCACUUCUUAAUUAUAAUAAUUCAUUUAUUUGGUAAAUAAAAUUGUUCAUACUUGUUAUAACUCUAUCAGAGUUGCUUAUCUUUAUUAACAAUGACCACAUCCACAUUGAUACGGUUGAAAAGCCAGUAUGGUUUCAGUUCAAGCAGUGAUAACAUGUUUCAGACAUAGCUCUUGUACCUAACGGCCAUUUGUCUAAAUUACAUGGUUGAGGUUCGGUAAUUAUUAUUACCUAACCGUUUAAGUAGGUGCUUACCUAAACUUCAUAGCAGGUACCUAAUACAAAAUAAGAAUCAUUCUAAGUACAAAAUUAUCUCCAAAUUAAAUCAACAAUUCAUCCAGUUUUCCCUCGUCUCAAUAUUUUAGACAGAAACACAUUUUAAUUAAUUCAUCGAGGUUGUAUUUUAAUUAAGUUGAAUUUAUCGAAAUAAAGAUAAUAUAUUUAUCAGAA